CUUUUUGAAUUCACCAAUCAGACUUCGCGUUCAUCCAUUUAAACUGGCGUUUAUGCAGCUUUGCUCAGUCAGAGGAUCGUUGAAUGGUUUUGUGCGAGGACGUAUAACAAACGUGUUUUAACUGCGUGCUUUUCACCGAGUGAUCCCAACUACAUUACAAAUGGCCCAAUUCGGCUUUGAGAACGACAUCCACAACGUCCUUCGAUUGGACAUGCCUAUCACAAACGCCCCGAUGGCGAGGUGGCAGAGAAAAGCGAGCACAUCCAACUCCACAAACUCUCUCUCGCCCAACAAGAGUGUAAACCGAUCAGUCAGCCUUUCCAAAACACCCAGUAAAACGCCAGGAAAGAACGGCAAGACUCAAAACACGCCUUCCAAGGCAGGAGGAGAUCGUUUUAUCCCCACAAGAAAUAACAAACAGAUGGAUGUAGCGAGCUUCCUUAUUUCAAAAGAGAACGAGCCGGUGGAAGAGACUUCUGCCUCAUCUGCACCAAAUCAGAAAGCUUGGUCUGUGACACUAAAUGGAUACGACAUUGAGGAAGCAAAGAUCUUGCAUUUAGGAGGCAAACCACUAAAUGCCCCCGAGGGUUAUCAAAACAACUUGAAGGUUCUCUACAGCCAAGUGCCCACACCGGUCUCGAUCAAGAAGAGCCGCUACAUUUCCUCCGUUCCAGAGCGGAUUCUAGAUGCCCCUGAUAUCAGAAAUGACUUCUAUCUGAACCUGAUGGAUUGGGGAAGGCAAAACCUCUUGGCAGUUGGUCUCGCCAACCAUGUGUAUUUGUGGGAUGCUGCCGCAGGGGACAUCGUUUUAUUGAAGAAAAUGGAAGAUGAGAACGAUCACAUCUGCUCUGUCUCUUGGAGCAAAGAUGGCAAUUUCCUUGCCGUUGGGACUAGUGAUUGUAAAGUAGAGCUAUGGGAUGUGCAAUACCAAAAACGUCUUCGCAGCAUGGAUGGCCAUACAGGAAGAGUUGGUUGCUUGAGUUGGAACGAUCACGUUUUAUCUAGUGGUUCUCGGUCUGGUUUAAUUCAUCAGCAUGAUGUUCGGGUAGCAGAACAUCACAUAUUUACCUUCGGGGGACACACACAGGAAGUCUGUGGGCUUACUUGGUCCCCUGAUGGCAAAUAUUUAGCUAGUGGUGGCAAUGACAACAUGGUGUACAUCUGGCCAAUGACGACCGGCUCGGACUAUCAAGCUAUCCAUGCACUAAGUGAACACCAAGGAGCAGUCAAGGCUUUGGCAUGGUGCCCAUGGCAACCUAGCAUCCUUGCGUCUGGAGGAGGCACCAGUGACCGCCAUAUUCGCAUCUGGAAUGCAAAUAGUGGCUCCUGUAUCAGUUCCUUGGAUACAUGCUCACAGAUAUCAUCUCUUGUGUUUGCACCAAAUUACAAAGAGUUGGUGUCAGGCCAUGGUUUUGCUCAUGACAAGGUUAUAAUCUGGAAAUACCCCUCACUCACAAAAGUAGCAGAACUUGAAGGACAUGAAGACCGAGUUCUGAACUUGGCACUCAGUCCAGAUGCUUCUACUGUGGCGUCCGUAGCUGCCGACGAAACCAUUCGACUCUGGGAGAGUUUUGAAAAGGAUCCUGUUAAAAAACCAAAGCCUACCAGCAGUAUCAUAUCGCAACAUAUUCGAUAAAUAUAAAAUAAGAUUGUUUUUAUGCAAAGAUGAGGUUGGGGAGGGAUGAUGUUUAGAAGUUUUAAUGUUUAUUAACUGUGAGAUCCCAUGUACAACCAACGAGGAGCUCAACUGGGUUAUGUGUCCUUUGUCAUGUGACACUACAUAAACCGUUUUAAUUUUCCCUGUUUGGGCACAGGUUAUGGUUUUCAAAUGGAAUUUCUAAAAGAAAGCUUAAGCACAGUUUUAGCAACUUGUACAUUUUUUUUUACUCAAGACAUGUCUAUUUAACCCUAAAAGUGAUGACUAAAUUAUGUACAGCAUGUUACUUUCAAAUAAAGUUUUGUAAGAAAG